AUUUUCUAUAAAUACUCCAAAUAAUCCUUCUUUUUUUUCGCACUCUUUCAAAGUCUAAUCAUAUACUCUCGUACUCCAAAUCAUCCUUUUCCCCCCCUUAAUAUUCUAAACUUUUCAGUAGCAAUAAUGGCAUCAACCUCUACUUCAACUUUGUCUAGGAAGCUAAUCCUUAAGAGUUCCGAUGGAGAGAAAUUCGAAGUUGACGAAAACGUUGCAAUGCAAUCCCAAACCAUCAAGCACAUGAUCGAGGAUCUCGACGACAUCAAUAGCCCGAUUCCGGUGUCUAUUGUAACCGGAACAAUACUCUCUAAGGUUAUUGAAUAUUGCAAGAAACAUGCUACCGAAGAUUCGGACUCUGAUGAGCAACUUAAGCAAUGGGAUAAGGAGUACGCCAAUAAUAUGGACUUAAACACCCUCUAUUAUCUCCUUCUUGCUGCAAACUAUAUGGAGAUAAAAGGUUUGUUGGAGUUGAUAACUCAAUGCGUGGCUGACAUGAUUAAAGGAAAAUCGCCGGAAGAGAUUAGGGCUCAUUUUAACAUCAAGAAUGAUUUUACUCCUCAAGAAGAAGCGAACAUUCGAAAUGAAAACCCGUGGGCAUUCGAAAAUUAAAGAUUGAUAGUUCGAUGGAUAAAUCGAUUACCAGUGUUUAUUAUCUAAUAUUUAGAUUGUUUGUUGACACAUUGUGAUUGUUUUUAUUUUGUGUAUGUGUUUAUGUUUUUAGUUUGAAAUUUGCAGUUCUUCCCUUCUACUCAGAAAGUUUGUGUGGAAUAAAUUUAUGUUUUAUAAUUAAAAGUAAUUUUUUUUUUUUUUUUUUUUGACAAGACUGUAACAACAUUCUUAAACAAAAAAUAAAGUUCUACGGAGUAUAAAGGAUCUCAUGCUUCAAUUUCCAAGCCGAGUCAACAACACUCACUCGACUAAUGUAAUGAAAAACCUUAUGCUUAAUGUUACACUCAAAUGUGAAUGACUGACUAGUUUAGUUGAUUAAAAUCUUAAGAGAUAGUACUCAAGACAUGGAAUUAAAUCUCGUUUACAUUAUUUACCUUUACGACUCUUGCUCUUUACAACCAAAAAUAUAAAAAGUUAAAUAAAAGUACGUGAUAGAGUAUAAAAGAUA